CGUUCCUUUCCGGCUUUAUCGCGCCUUUGCGUCGUAAUUUACGGAUGGCCCCGGCCGUUGAUGCUUUAGCGGCAGCAUGAGCGAGGCGUCCUCUGCUCACCUCGUUCUCCAUUUUGAUGUCAACGAGACGAUUAUGAUCGGCGACCCCGCCGGCGGCGACACGUACGACGACAGCCUCAACAAGAUCCUCGCCAAGUCAGCCUUUUGCCGCGCGACUGGCCCGCUGGGCAAGAACGGCGCGUGCGACAUCACUCCGACGGCCUGGCACGACGGGACGCCGAUGGCCGAAUCUCCGCCGGCGCCGCCACCGCUGCAGCCAGGUUGGACGUUCGAUACUCCGCCCGGUGCGGCCGCCUUCUACAAGCAGCCGGCGCUCAAGCGCGCACACGCGAAGAAGUUCGCCGACGCCGGCUCGCCCGGGGCCGUCUACGCGGCACAGCGCGAGCGCUGCCGCGCCGCACUCCGCUGGGCGCAUGCGCCGCACCCCGCGCUGUCUUCGGAGGACGGCGCCGGCACGCUGCUUCCCGCCUUUUACCGGACGCUCGACUGUCUGCACCGGUCGGGCCGGUCCUUCUCGGUCGUGCUGCGCACCUUCGGCUCUGACCUCCCGCGCGUGCAGGCGGCCAUCAACGCCUUUGCGCGCGGAGAGCAUCCCGACUACCCCGAGGGUGCGCCGGGCCUCGAGCUGCCGGCGGAGCGGAUGUGGCGGGGCCGGUACGACGAGGGCGGCCGGUUCUCGCUGCAGCCGCACGACGAGGGCUCCGGCGCGCCGACCAUCACCGACGAGGCCGAGGCCGUCCGCGCGCUCUCCUCGCCCGGCGUGUCUGGCGUGAUGGACCACUACGGCUGGUGGGACUCGCACGGCAACGACCCCGCGGCGGGCAAGCCGCUGUGGCUCACUCUCGAGGAGGCGACCACGCGCCACCUCUUCUUCGACGACAACAUCCACAACGACCCCCAAGACUCGAUCGUCUCUGUCCGUGCGCGCCGCGACGGCGAGGCGGCCGCCUUCUCACCGUUGAGCGGCGCGCAGAUCUGCUCGCUGCACGGCGCCGUCUUGCGGCGCGUGCCGACGAUGCAGCCGGUGCUCGAGCCCGACUGGUUCCUCGCCGAGAUUGAGGCGUGCGGGGAGCGGCUCGCGCAGCUGCGGCGAGGGCAGGCGUGGGCGGAUCUGUUGAGCACUUGAGAGGCGGCGCGCGGGAGAGGGGGAGAGUUGCUGUGAGGCGCCCGCGAGACUCGGACGUGACCGGCCCAUUGUCAGUCGGCGAUUUCCAGGAGCGCGCUUUGUGUGGGUGGGUCGGCGGGUCUCUAUUUGUGCGAAGAAGUUGCGUCGCCACUCUGCCCGCUCUUGUUUUCUGCUUUUCUCUUGCGGCGCUUGGUAUUGGCGCGCUGUCUGGGCGCCCGCACC